UACGUCAUCGCCCUCAUGGCGGUGUACUGGUGCACCGAAGUUUUACCGCUGGCGGUGACGGCGCUGCUGCCAACCAUCCUGUUCCCGGCGCUCGGCAUCAUGGAGUCCAAAAAUGUGUGCAUGCAGUACCUGAAGGACACCAACAUGCUGUUUGUGGGGGGGCUGAUGGUGGCCGUGGCCGUGGAACACUGGAACCUCCACAAACGGAUCGCGCUCAGAGUUCUGCUGCUGGUCGGAGUCCAGCCCGCCCUACUGAUGCUGGGCUUCAUGGGAGUGACGGCCUUCCUGUCCAUGUGGAUUAGCAACACCGCCACCACCGCCAUGAUGGUCCCCAUCGUCCAGGCUGUGCUGGGCCAGCUCAACGGACCAGCUGAACCGGACUGCAAGACCCAGAGCAGGACUGUGUCUCUGCAGCAGGAGCAGAAAACCAUCAGUGUAGAGAAAAUAACUGCCCCCAACAUCCCAAAAGAAGAGGUCGUGACGGAGGUCGGAGGCGACGAAGCUCAGGCGGAGCAGUGGAGGGACGAGGAAGAGGAGAAGAAGAAGAUGAGUAAAGGCCUCCUGCUCUGUGUUUGCUACGCCGCCAGCAUCGGAGGCAUCGCCACGCUGACAGGAACCGGGCCGAACCUGGUUCUGAUGGGCCAGAUGAGCCAACUCUUCCCUCAGAACGGAGACGUCAUCAACUUCGCCUCGUGGUUUGGGUUUGCCUUCCCCACCAUGGUUCUGAUGCUGACCCUGGCCUGGUUCUGGUUGCAGUUCCUCUACAUUGGCUGCAACCUGAGGAGGACCUGGGGCUGCGGGUCGGCCCGGUCCCAAAAGGAGAACGCGGCGUACGAGAUGAUCAGAAGGGAGUACCAUCAGAUGGGGUCCAUGAGUUAUGGUGAGGGAAGCGUACUGGCGCUCUUUGUCCUCCUGGUGGUGCUGUGGUUCACCAGAGAUCCCCGCUUCAUGGACGGCUGGGCCACCAACGUGUUCAACGCCCAGGCAGAGUUUGUCACAGAUGCCACCGUCUCGCUGUUCGUUGCCAUUCUGUUGUUCAUUCUUCCCUCCGAGCCGCCCAGAUACCUCUGCUUCUGGAGGAGUCCUGACGCAGAGAGCCAAGUGUCCCAAGGCCCCGCCCCUCCCCUGCUCACUUGGCAGGUGACUCAGAAGAAGAUGCCCUGGAACAUCGUCCUCCUCCUGGGGGGAGGAUUCGCUCUGGCCAAAGGCAGCGAGGAGUCCGGUCUUUCCCUGUGGCUCGGCGCUCAGAUGACACCGCUGCACUCCAUCCCUCCGUGGGCCAUCGCCAUCAUCCUCUGCCUCCUCAUCGCCACCUUCACUGAGUGUACGAGCAACGUUGCCACGGCAACGCUCUUUCUGCCCAUCCUCGCCUCCAUGUCUCAGUCCAUACGCUUGAAUCCACUGUAUGUGAUGAUCCCCUGCACCCUCAGCGCCUCCUUCGCCUUCAUGCUUCCUGUGGCCACGCCCCCUAACGCCAUUGUGUUCUCCUCUGGUUUCCUGAAAGUGUCCGACAUGGCUAAAACCGGCGUGGUGAUGAACGUCAUCGGGAUCGGCUGCAUCACUCUGGCCAUCAACAGCUGGGGCCACGCCAUGUUUGCUCUGGACUCCUUCCCCUCGUGGGCCAACGCCACUGCCCAGGUGUAG